CACGAUUGUGAGAAAUUGUUUUUGUAUAAAAUAGAGAAAGAUAUAGUCAGUUUAAAACAAACUACUUGUUCUAUCUUGACUCGUGGGCUUGCUAAACACACACAAUGCUGGCACCUACUGUAUUCCUGCUUCUCCUUGUGGGGUCAAUCUCAGCACUUCCAUCCAACAGACGAGAGGUCUCUGGGGAAGACUGGGGGGCCACCAUUACUGUAACUAUCAGGGAACAAGCUGCCCUUAUACCAGGGGCACAGACAGAAGAAGAUAUUGCCUCUAUCCUUGGCACCGCACUGCAAAUUGGCCAGGCCAUUUUACCAGUAUUGCAAAGUACUGGUAUUAGAGCAACUCAAGAUGAUCUUGCUUCAAUACUGUCUACGAUUCUUCAAAUCGGACAGGCUGUUGUACCAGUAGUACAAGGUCUGGGUAUCAGAGGAACCCAAGAAGACUUUGCUUCAAUCCUCAACACCAUUCUCCAGGUUGGCCAAGCUAUUGUUCCAGUAGUUCAAGGUCUUGGUAUUAGAGAAACCCAAGAAGACUUCGCUUCAAUCCUCAACACCAUUCUUCAAAUUGGCCAAGCUGCCCUUCCAGUCAUUACAUCAAUUGGAAAGAAGGCAACACCUGUAGACUGGGUUUCAUACCUCAACAACGUUUUAUCAGACGGCUUAGUUGUCGCCCCAUUAUUGCAUCAAUAAUAUCUGCAGCGAUUCAAAUUUGAAGUCUAUUCUUCAUGUUCUGCAAGCUCCGGAAAUAAAAAGCCUACACAAUAUUUCAA